AUGCGACCGCCGCCACCUCGACUUUCUGCACAACGAAGACCUCCCCAGCCCUCCGGUGGAAACCUCCUUGCGCCUCCCAAAUUGAAAUCUCCAACCCCCCUCCGUCCACCCCCCUCUGCCGCAGCAACACUAAGAGGACCCGCGCCACGGGGCAAUGCAGCGACGCCAGCAGGCAGCCUAACCACCAGCACUCUCGCGCCGACGCAAAGAAGCUCACGAAAAGUCAUUCUUGAGCCCGGCCACUCCCCCCUCGACUGGGCCGCGCUAGUUUCCAAUCCGAAAAACAAUCUGCGCGGCGCAGGUUUGCCCCCAAAUUUGAUCCGCGUGACUCCCUCGCUCCUCAAAUCGCAUCAUGGCCGGAAGGGGGUCGAUGCGUGGACGUCGUACAACGGCAAAGUGUACAAUAUCACUCCCUACCUCCCGUUUCAUCCGGGUGGAAAGGGAGAGUUGAUGCGCGGGGCGGGUAAGGAGUCGGAUAAGCUGUUCUUGGAGAUUCAUCCUUGGGUUAAUUGGGAGGGGAUAUUGGGGGAGUGCUUGGUGGGGAUCAUGGUGUCGGAGCAUGAGGCGGUGGGCGCGAAUGAGUUGGAUGCGAUGGAUUGA